AUGUCUGCGGGACCACAUGUAACAUCCAUUGAGGAAGGGCAGUUUGACGAUGCCCCUCAGGAAGACGGAAGUGCAAGGGCCGAUCCCCGCCAGGGACAUGCAUACAUCGACGAGGACAACCACGAUGAGCACCUUCUAGACUGGUCGUCCGCGGGUGAAGGCGACGACGACGACGUCGAUGCCUUCGAGGCGGAGGAGGAUGACAUGGAAGCGGCCGCCUUCCACACCCUCCGCGCCGAGGACGAAGACUGGGAGAUCGCUGAACGAGAUUUUACGAAACAGUACAAUCGUCUAAAGCAGCAUGUCGCCGUCCGCACAGGCGCAGCGCAGGGCGUCGCCUCCGCCAUCAACACCCGCGCCGCCGUCGCAUCUCUCCCUGCAGUAAACCGCCCGCGCCAGAGUGCCAAGCCCUCCACGACGUCUGCUUCGGCGCAUACGAAGGACAAGACGGCAGAUCAGCUGCAGGCGCUGUCGAAAUAUUCGUCCCGUAUCCGUAACAUUGACAUGCCGUACGAUCUCGGAGUAGGCGUGAACAGGAAGGGUCCCUCUGCGACCGCGAACAUGAAGGACAAGAGCGACCGCGCGACGAGCGAACAGGUACUUGACCCUCGCACACGCAUCAUCCUGUUCAAGAUGAUUGGGCGGGGCCUCAUCUUUGAAGUCAACGGAUGUGUUAGCACCGGAAAGGAGGCUAACGUAUAUCAUGCGUUGACUUCAGACCAAAAGCAUCUUGCUCUCAAGAUCUACAAAACAUCUAUCCUCGUCUUUAAAGAUCGCGACAAAUAUGUCUCGGGGGAGUUUCGUUUUAGACGAGGGUACAGUCGACACAACCCGCGCAAAAUGGUCCGCUUAUGGGCCGAAAAAGAAAUGCGCAAUCUCAAACGCCUCCGCACCGCUGGCAUCCCAUGCCCCGAGCCCGUCGAGGUGCGUGAGAACGUACUCGUCAUGGGUUUCGUAGGCGACAAAGAAGGAUGGGCCUCGCCCCGUCUCAAGGAUGCGGACAUUCCAGAGUCUGCGUUCCCUGAUCUCUACGUCGAGCUUUUACUCAUGACACGCAAGAUGUUCCUGGAAUGCAAACUGGUCCACGCCGACCUGUCUGAAUAUAACAUUUUAUACCACCAUGGACACCUGUACAUUAUCGAUGUCUCGCAGUCCGUCGAGCACGACCAUCCUCACGCGUUCGACUUCCUCCGGGCAGAUCUACGGAACAUCGAGGACUUCUUCGGCAAGCGAGGAGUGCACUGCCUCGGGCUCCGCCGCGCAUUCGAGUUCGUCACACGGGAAGCCCUCCUACCCGCGAGCAGCGGAUCAACAUCAGCGCCGAAUGAGGAUGCUCUCCUGCGGCAGUGGAUGACUGAGCCCGAGCCCGAGCCGCAAGCUGGCGAUCACGAAGACGCGAGUUCAAGCGCAGGGCAAGGCCGCUCUGACACCGCGGCGCACGAGGACUCGGUCUUCCUGCGGUCGUACAUCCCGCGCACGCUCAACGAGGUGUACGACCCGGAGCGCGACGUGGGCGCGCUGAGCCGUGGCGAGGGCGCGACUCUGAUUUACAAGGACACGAUUGGUUUCGUCGGUCCGCAGGCGCAGGAGAAGGAGACGGAGGCUGCGGGCGAGGAGCCGAACGGAAAGGCAAGAAGCACGGUGCGGUUCGAGUGCGGCGCGGAGUGUGAGAGCGGGGAGUCAGAUGACGGGCAGGACGACGAGGGAAGCGAGGAUGAAGAAGACGAAGGCGAUGGUGAAGGCGAGGAAGGGACCUCGGACGAAAAAGCCGAUUUUAAGGAGCGUCGGCUGCGGGGACAUCGCAACGAAGACAAGGAGGUGAAGAAGGUGAAUGCCCCCUCCACUGAGCCUGUUGCAGGGACUCACUAG